CUAAAGCCUUUGCUAACACUGCCGCACACACACACACGCUCACACACAUAUAUAUAAGGCGACGGUGCCGUUUAGCUCUUGCGCACACGCCGGAGACGGGAGAGAAGAGGCGAAGGGAGCUUUGUCAUUUCUCCGGACGAGGGACAUUUGAGGGUUUUCGAGUGCAGGAGGGCUGACUGACAAUGUUGGCCGCUCACACCUUCGUGCGGAGAUUGUCAGCCGGCAGAGUUUAUUAUGCCAACAAGCUGAAGGUGGCUGUGAUUGGACAGAGCCUGUUCGGACAGGAGGUGUACAAGUCCCUGCGGAAGGAGGGCCAUGCUAUCGUGGGGGUAUUCACCAUCCCUGAUGUCAAUGGAAAGCCCGACCCCUUGGCUUUGGUGGCCGACAAGGAGGGGACGCCCGUGUUCAAGUUCCCUCGUUGGAGGACGAAGGGAAAGCCCAUUCCGGAGGUGCUGGAGGCGUACAAGUCCCUCGGAGCCCAGCUCAACGUGCUGCCCUUCUGCUCGCAGUUCAUCCCCAUGGACGUCAUAGAUCACCCAAGCCACGGCUCCAUCAUCUACCACCCAUCCCUGCUGCCUCGCCACCGCGGUGCCUCCGCCAUCAAUUGGACUCUGAUUCACGGGGACCAGCGCGGAGGCCUCAGCGUGUUCUGGGCGGACGCCGGCCUCGACACGGGGCCCUUGCUGCUACAGCGCGAGUGCCGCGUCGAGCCCAACGACACCGUGGACUCGCUCUACAACCGCUUCCUCUACCCCGAGGGAAUCAAGGCCAUGACGGAAGCCGUUCAGCUGAUUGCCGACGGAAAAGCCCCCAGGAUACCGCAGACAGAAGAAGGAGCUACAUAUGAAGGCAUACAACAUAAAGAAGCCGCACAGAUCAACUUCGACCAGUCGGCUGAGGCAAUACACAACUGGAUACGUGGUCACGACAAAGUUCCCGGGGCCUGGACCCUCAUCGAUGGACAAAGGUUGACGCUGUUCGGGUCAUCGCUGGCGAAUGUCGGCACGGUGGUGGGGCAGCCCCUGGAGAUUCCCGGUGCCGCCCUGCCGGGCACCAUAACCAAGAGCGGCCUCCUCCUGCACGGAAAUGAUGGCAAGACGCUUCUGGUAAGGAACCUACAGUUUGAAGACGGGAAAAUGAUUCCGGCCUCCAAAUAUUUCUCGUCGGGAGAUGAGGGCAGCGUGGAGCUCACGGACGACGAAAAGGCCUUUGCGGAGGAGGUUCGGGCGAUAUGGAUGAGCAUUCUCAGUAACGUGCCUGUCGUGGAAGACUCGACUGACUUUUUCAAGUCUGGAGCUGCGUCCAUGGAUGUAGUGAGGCUGAUUGAAGAGCUGAAGCAGAGGAGGGGGGACCUGCAACUGCAGACGGAGGACGUGUACAUGGCCACGUCCUUCCGCGACUUCACCCACAUGGUCGUACGGCGGCUGCGUGGAGAGGACCGCACCGAGGAGCUGGCCGUCGACCACGUCGUAAAAGAGGUGAACAACUUGACCGUGAGGAUACCGCAUCAGUGUUUCAUCGAUGGGAAGUUCGUUGACGCGGAAACCAGCAAGACCUACGACACGGUCAACCCCACAGAUGGAUCGGUGAUCUGCAAGGUGGCGUUCGCUUCCGUCGCCGACGUCGAUGAGGCCGUUGCAGCCGCUAAGAGAGCGUUCGAGGGCGGAGAGUGGGGGCGCAUGAACCCCCGCGACAGAGGGCGCCUCCUGUACAAGCUCGCCGACCUCAUGGAGGAGCACCAGGAGGAGCUGGCCACCAUCGAGACGCUCGACUCGGGGGCCGUGUACACGCUGGCGCUCAAGACGCACGUGGGCAUGUCCAUACAGACCUUCCGAUACUUCGCCGGCUGGUGCGACAAGAUACACGGCACUACCAUUCCGAUCAACCAAGCACGGCCCAAUCGAAACCUCACCUUCACAAAGAGAGAACCAAUAGGCGUCUGUGGCAUCGUCAUUCCUUGGAACUACCCCCUCAUGAUGCUGGCGUGGAAGAGUGCGGCGUGCCUGGCAGCUGGGAACACCCUCGUGCUCAAGCCUGCUCAGGUGACCCCGCUGACUGCACUCAAGUUCGCCGAGCUCGCGGCUAAAGCUGGAUUUCCAAAGGGCGUCAUUAACAUCAUCCCUGGCUCAGGCUCCAUAGUCGGUCAGAGGAUGUCCGAGCACCCACACAUCCGUAAGCUCGGAUUCACCGGCUCUACGCCCAUCGGAAAGCAGAUCAUGAAGAGCUGUGCCACGAGCAACCUCAAGAAGGUGUCUCUGGAACUCGGUGGAAAAUCACCGCUCAUCAUUUUCAACGACUGCGACAUCGACAAGGCGGUGAGGAUGGGCAUGAGCGCAGUGUUCUUUAACAAAGGCGAGAACUGCAUUGCGGCGGGGAGGCUGUUUGUGGAGGAAUCCAUCCAUGACGAAUACGUGCGGAGAGUGGUGGAGGAGAUUAAGAAGAUGAAGGUUGGCGACCCGCUGGAUCGGUCCACGGACCAUGGCCCUCAGAACCACCGUGCACACAUGGAGAAGCUGGUGGAGUACUGUGAGGUGGGGGUCAAGGAGGGGGCCACGCUGGUGCACGGGGGGCGGCAGGUUCCUCGACCAGGGUUUUUCAUGGAGCCGUCUGUCUUCACGGGUGUGGAGGACCACAUGUACAUCGCUCAGGAGGAGUCCUUCGGGCCCAUCAUGGUCAUCUCCAAGUUCCCUGAUGGGGAUAUUGACGGGGUCCUCGCACGCGCCAACAACACGGAGUUCGGCCUGGCGUCCGGCGUGUUCACGCGCGACAUCUCCAAGGCACUGUACGUGAGCGACCAGCUCGAGGCCGGCACCGUCUUCAUUAACACCUACAACAAGACCGACGUGGCCGCCCCCUUUGGGGGCUUCAAGCAGUCCGGCUUUGGGAAGGACCUUGGUGAAGAAGCGCUUAACGAGUACCUUCGAACAAAGGCGGUUACUGUGGAGUACUGACCUUACCAAAACGCGACAAGGGACGUCACAUUUAAAGGGAAUGGAACAGUGAACUCUAUGCACAAAACAAAUAAGUCACGUCUGAAAUUGGCAUGGAGGUGGUUUUUGGGGCUGGGUGAAGAGCCUACAAGCACCUGGCGAGGCAUGCCGCCCCCUGUCCAACGCGACAAUUGGAGUCAUCACCUUUUGUCGAGGGACUGCGUCAAAGUAUCAUCUCACGCUGUCAAGUCAUGCCGUGCCGCCCGUGUCUGUUUGCCAAGCUUCCCGCCGGCUCUCCUUCCUUGCGGGUGGAACAAACCAACGUGUACAUUUUAUAUUUUUUUGAAAUUCCAUCAGCUGUUGUAUUGUCGCAGCUUGCUCUCUUUGGCCAGUCUCGUCUGUAAUAUUUGUGAUUUUUUUUUUUUACGUGUGCCAUGCUCAGUAGCUGGUUGUUUGUUGGGUUUUCGGUUCUGGGUUUUUGUUCUUGAAGAAGAAAAAAGGUCAGUGCCAGGAAUUAAAUUUGUUUAUAAAAUAUAACAAUUGCUAACCUAGCACUUCUCACAGCCUGGGUUCGAAUGCAAAGGUUUUGCCCACCAUCGCAGCUUAAGCAACAAAUCAAUAAAAUGCUUCCACCUGCGAUCUUCUCAAUAUUAACUCUCAUCUCCGACAUUAGAGCAGCCUAGACCCCGCUUGUCUAUCGCAGAGAGGGGUAUUCUUGGUGAUGCAGUGAUACUGUGGAUUGAAUGCCUGCAGUAUGACUGCAUUAUAGUUUCAUUGGGACGAAAAUAAUAAAUAGACAUAAAUUAUAUCAAUGCAGUCAUUAAUAUGCAUUGACAAACCGGGUCUAGCACUUUUGGCUAUGUACUGUGCUAAAUAAGUUCAACAUACAUACAUAGGCUGCUCUCAUCGUUGGAGGUGAGAGUGAAUAUUGAGUGGGUAUGCAGAUGGAAGGAUUUAUUGAUUUGUUGAUGAAGCUAAACUUGUCAGAUUGGUAUCUAUGUAUUAUUCGAUUAAAAUAUUGUACCUCGCUAGACUCACGAUACAUUAAUACAAAUUGGCUGUGGGAAUUGAGAUUUUACAAUGUAUGCAAAUUAUAUGUAAAUAUUCAAAUUAUUAAUUUAAGCAAACGGGGUGGAAUAAAUCGGUAUGGAUAACAAAGAACACACAAUCAUGCAAAGAAGCUGGUAUACAUGAAAGACUAAUAAUUAUCAAUUAUUCAAUCCAAAGGUGACUUCAAAUGGUGUCGCUGGGUUAGGGUGACUGUAUUGUUACAUGCCCAGUUAUCAGCAGGCUGCUAGUUCUCUGCACUUUGCUGACACUUUGCUGACACUUGUCUAUCGAAGGUUUAAUGAAGGAAGAGCGCUGAAAGGUGUUGGUCGCAUAUGAGGGGUCAGUGUUUUCUAUUCGCGCAAGGAAAAUCCUCAACGGGGACCACUCAAAAGUUCCAAUGUCUCCCUUGUCAUAUGAGAGAUGCCACACGAACCAUCUCCUCUGGCCUCCCCGAACCAGUGGUGGAAUUUCCUCCACUCCCACAAACAGUUGCCAGUCUCCCUCUGGGACGAAUUAUUGCUGUUAAUUUCACGCAAAGUGGUUCUUAUUUUAAAGUCCAUGGAGGGAUGAAUCGCUGAACUCUCAAACUUUUGAUUGUGAGUAAAGCAUUAUCAGCGCAUUACUACUCGGCCAGACCAAAAUGGUUGCUAAAGUUUGGUGCUAGAUAUAUCGCUUAAAUGAAUGUUCCUCAUUUAAAAGUAAAACACUUUGGUGCAAUGCUUUAAAAAAAGGCCAAGUGGUAAACAAGUGUGUGGCUACGUCUCAUCUCCGUGACCCUGCGCCAAUGCUGACAAUCCCACAAUCCUAUCCCUGUUGAGGAGUCAAUGUUAACGAGGGACAGGGGGGAAGGUUCAGCCAGGGCCACUCCUCAGAGGUUGCUGGGGGCCCGGUGCAGAAUUUCACGUGAUGGAUUCUCCUCAAUUCCACAUCGGCAGGGCUGUUGUGGUGCCCUAUGUGCGAGUGCUGGGUACAUUGCCCCUGUUUGAACCAGCCCCCCUGAGCGGCCCUGGGUUCUGCUGCGUUGUGGCAUUAAACUGACGUAUGUAUGUAGAACGCAUUUCGCACCAUAUGUAGCCAUCGCAGGUGCGGGGGGAACGACGACAAACUAAACGAAACAAGCAGGUCUAAAUAAAUUAGUUUUCAAUUCAGAUUAUUUAAAAGUGCAUAACUCUAGUGGCUUCCUAAUAUCGGAAGGAAGAGCGUUCCAGACGGCCACAGAAGCGCGUCUGAAAGCGCGCGAUGCGGUGACCGUCUUUGUUCGACGUGUCACAUAAGAACAAACUCCGCAAAUAUGAAUUGACUUGCCUCUUGCAAAUAAAUAUAAAUAACAAAUAAAGUGAAAAUUGUGCAUCAAGGCUAAUGUUGCAGAAUAAAUCUGCAUGUCCACAGCAAGGCUGGGUUGGUCGACAUUGAACAACGAUCUGCAAAAACGCGACACCACAGUGGCGUGCGGCUCUUUAACGACUGGCCUCGUGACGUUAUUUAUUAAGGACCAUCACCCGUCUCGUAUUCACAUUGCAUCUCGGCUUUUGAAAUAUUGAGUUUUUUUUGUUUACCGAAUUCGAACCAAAAAAAGUCUCUUUGUUAUUUUGGUCGCCGACUCCCUGGGGGCAUGACUCAAAACAGCCAAUGUAAGCAAGUGUCGGAGCACGGCGCUUGCUCGCAGUGCCACGCUGUGCUGAAUUUUGUCCGCACUCUUUCGUUGGACAAUCCCACAACUGCCUGCACCCAAAAUUAAGAGCUGCGAUUGAUUGCUCGAGCACCGACAAACUUCUUCAUAAUUCAUACCUGUCAGCCCCUUAUCAGGGCCCUACCUUAUUACAGACCAAUUCAGACCUCAUUGGUCACCCCGUGCCCUUAUAAAUCUCAGCGUACAUCCUACAAAGUCCCAUCACAAAGGAGAAACACAAACACAUGACAAAACAAACGGCUGUAUGUCGUAUGGACCUGAAAGACUCAAUUUCCCUGUACAAGAAUACGGAUAAACCGUAUGGGUUGACAGGUAUGAUAAUUACUGUGUAGUAAACAAACGCUGUUAUUCUAAGUGUGCAUGCAAUCGCUCACAUGUGUACGCCUGCCUAUAUUUAUUGUUGGCACAUUUCUUCGAGUCGUAGAACAUUACACAACCUAAGACCGAAAACCCAACGUAUUUAUGAAGUAUGUUGAGAUGGAGUGGUAAUGAAUGGUUCUUGUAGGGCAGAUAAUAUAUAUACAUUUAAAAUGGAAACGUUUUUGAAAAAAGCAAAGCUUAUGGCAAGAAAAUUGUUAUUUCUAUCUUGUACCUUUUAGUACAGCUAUGUAGCAUCCCAUCGAUGGCACAGUAUUUUAACAUCAAAAUAAAACAAUACUUUAGUUUUAAAGUAACCCGGCGGUCCAUAGUAGCAUGUGUGACACCCAUGAAGUGUUUCAAAUGAAAAUAAAUUUAUUUUAGCUCA